AUGUCAGCCUCCAAGUAUUUUGAGAAGGGCCCUCCUUCACCAUCCAUCGCCACGGAGCCUUCGUCCAAGAUCGACGAUGAUGUUCAGCCGGGCAUGUCUGCGAACAUAUCCUCAGGGUCGCAGCAUCUGCACCGCAAGCUGCGAGGAUCGGAAGUCCAGCUUUUCGCUAUUGGAGGAGCCAUUGGUACCUCUCUCUAUGUGCAAAUGGGCCAGGCUCUCCCCAAGGGUGGCCCCGCAGGUCUCUUCAUCGCCUUCUUCAUCUGGGGCGCCGUCAUGUGGGCCGUCAACGAGUGCUUCGCCGAGAUGGUGACUUACCUACCCGUGCCCUCGCCCUUCAUCCGCUUUGGCAGCGAAUGGGUUGAUGGCGCUCUCGGCUUCGCCAUGGCCUGGAACUUCUUCCUCAACAUGGCCUUCCUAGUGCCCUUCGAAAUUGUAGCCAUGAACAUUAUGAUCACCUUCUGGACUGACAAAGUCCCCGUUGAGGCCAUAAUUGUCGCCAUGAUCGUUCUAUAUGCUAUCCUCAACGUGGCCACCGUGCGCUACUUCGGCAUCUCCGAGUUCUACCUGUCCAUCUUCAAGGUGAUUCUGAUGUUGGGGCUGUUCUUCUUCACCUUCAUCACUAUGCUGGGCGGCAACCCCCUGCAUGACCGCUACGGCUUCCGGUAUUGGAAUCACCCGGGCGCCUUUGUCGAACACAUCGUGUCCGGAGGGACGGGCAAAUUCCUGGGCGUCCUAUCCUGCGUGUAUCAAGCCAGCUUUUCAAUCUGCGGUCCAGAGUACAUCUCUAUGGUGGCUGCUGAGACUGAGAACCCCCGCAAGAUCCUGCCCCCUGCCUACCGGUCCUUCGUCUGGCGCAUUCUUCUCUUCUUCGUGGGAUCUGCCCUUUGUAUGGGUAUCGUCAUCCCGUACAACGAUACCACCCUCAUGGGUAUUCUCGGUGGUUCACUCACUGGAUCAGGUACUGGCGCUGCAUCGCCCUACGUCAUCGCAAUGCAGCGGCUCAAGAUCAACGGACUGCCCUCCCUCGUCAACGCGCUUAUCAUGACGUCCAUCUUCAGCGCUGGAAACGGCCUCCUCUUCUCGGCAACCCGCACCCUGCACGGCAUGUCUCUCGAAGGCCACGCCCCGCGCUUUUUCUCGUGGUGUACCAAGGCCGGUGUCCCACUCUGGGCCCUGCUCUUCUCGCUCAGCUUCUGCCUGCUCGCCUUCCUGCAGGUCAGCAGCUCGUCGGCCAAUGUCAUGAACUACCUCGUCGACCUCGUCACCUGCUGCCAACUUAUCAACUACCUCUGCACGGCCGCAACCUACAGGCACUUCUUCUCGUCUCUCAAGCGCCAGGGUAUCUCCCGCGACACCCUGCCCUACAAGGGCCGCUUCCAGCCGUACACGUCCUACUUCGCCAUGGGCGGCACGCUCUUCAUGCUGCUGGCCGGCGGCUACGACGUUUUCAUCAAGGGCGGUUGGGACGUCAUGUGGUUCUGCCUUGACUACGCCAUGAUCGGCUUCUUCAUUGUGCUAUUCCUCUUCUGGAAGAUCGUCUUCCGCAGCCGCUACGUGUGGCCGGGCACCGCGGACCUGAGCCUCGGCGGGAUAAAGGAGGAGAUCGACCAAUACGAGGCUGCACUCAUCCCGCGCGAGCAGGGCUUGGUGGAUAAGGUGGUCGGGAAGAUUUUCGAAUGA